AUGGAGACCGGCGCCUGUCCACACCCGCUGCGCCUGGUCCUCUGCCUGAUGCCGCUCUGCCUCGCGCUGCUGUUGAGUCCUGGACGGCCCGGGACCGCCGAGGAAGUCAUCCUCCUGGAUUCCAAAGCCUCUCAGGCUGAGCUGGGCUGGACUGCACUGCCAAGUGAUGGGUGGGAGGAGAUCAGCGGCGUGGACGAGCACGAGCGUCCCAUCCGCACGUACCAAGUGUGCAACGUGCUGGAGCCCAACCAGGACAACUGGCUGCAGACGCGCUGGAUCCACCGCGGCCGCGGGCAGCGCAUCUUCGUGGAGCUGCAGUUCACGCUGCGCGACUGCGGCAGCAUCCCGGGCGCCGCGGGCACCUGCAAGGAGACCUUCAACGUCUACUACCUGGAAGCCGAGGCCGACCUGGGCCGCGCGAGGCCCCGCCCGGGGGGAGGCCACCGACCCCGCAAGAUCGACACGAUCGCGGCGGACGAGAGCUUCACGCAGGGCGACCUGGGCGAGCGCAAGAUGAAGCUGAACACCGAGGUGCGUGAGAUCGGCCCGCUCAGCCGGCGGGGCUUCCACUUGGCCUUCCAGGACGUGGGCGCCUGCGUGGCGCUGGUGUCCGUGCGUGUCUACUACAAGCAGUGCAGGGCCACCGUGAGGGGCCUGGCUGCCUUCCCCGCCACCGCGGCCGAGAGCGCCUUCUCCACGCUCGUGGAAGUGGCGGGAACGUGCGUGGCCCACUCGGAAGGGGAGCCCGGCAGCCCUCCACGCAUGCACUGCGGCGCCGACGGCGAGUGGCUAGUGCCCGUGGGCCGCUGCAGCUGCAGUGCGGGAUUCCAGGAACGCGGUGACGGCUGCGAAGCCUGUCCCCCAGGGUUUUACAAGGUGUCCCCUCGGCGGCCCCAGUGUUCGCCAUGUCCUGAGCACAGCCGGGCGCUGGAAAACGCCUCCACGUUUUGCGUGUGCCAGGAGAGCUACGCGCGCUCGCCCACCGACCCGCCCUCGGCUUCCUGCACCCGGCCGCCGUCGGCGCCGCGGGACCUGCAGUACAGCCUGAGCCGCUCUCCGCUGGCGCUGCGGCUGCGCUGGCUGCCGCCCGCCGACUCGGGCGGCCGCUCGGACGUCACCUACUCGCUGCUGUGCCUGCGCUGCGGCCGCGAGGGCCCGGCGGGCACCUGCGAGCCUUGCGGGCCGCGCGUGGCCUUCGUGCCGCGCCAGGCGGGGCUGCGGGAGCGCGCCGCCACGCUGCUGCACCUGCGGCCCGGCGCGCGCUACACCGUGCGCGUGGCCGCGCUCAACGGCGUCUCGGGCCCGGCGGCCGCCGCGGGAGCCACCUACGCGCAGGUCACCGUCUCCACGGGGCCCGGGGCACCCUGGGAGGAGGAUGAGAUCCGCAGGGACCGAGUGGAGCCUCAGAGCGUGUCCCUGUCUUGGCGGGAGCCCGUCCCUUCCGGGGCUCCCGGGGCCAACGGCACCGAGUACGAGAUCCGGUACUACGAGAAGGGACAAAAUGAGCAAACUUACUCUACAGUGAAGACAGGGGCGCCUACGGUUACCGUCACCAACUUGAAGCCAGCUACCCGCUACGUCUUCCAGAUCCGGGCGGCCUCCCUGGGGCCCUCCUGGGAGGCCCAGAGCUUCAGCCCCAGCAUUGAAGUGCAGACCCUGGGGGAGGCUGCCUCAGGGUCCCGGGAGCAGAGCCCCGCCGUGGUCGUCACCGUGGUGACCAUCUCAGCCCUUCUCGUCCUGGGCUUCGUGAUGAGCGUGCUGGCCAUGUGGAGGAGGCCCUGCAGCUAUGGCAAAGGAGGCAGGGACGCCCAAGACGAAGAGGAGCUGUACUUCCAUUUCAAAGUCCCCACACGCCGCACGUUUCUGGACCCCCAGAGCUGUGGGGACCCGCUGCAGGCUGUGCAUCUGUUCGCCAAGGAGCUGGAUGCCAAAAGCGUCACGCUGGAGAAGAGCUUGGGAGCAGGGCGGUUUGGGGACCUGUGCUCUGGCUGCCUGCACCUGCCUGGCCGUCAGGAGCUACUGGUGGCCGUGCACACACUGAGGGAUGGCUGCUCUGACUCACAGAGGCUCAGCUUUCUGGCUGAGGCCCUUACCCUGGGCCAGUUUGACCACAGCCACAUCGUGCGGCUAGAGGGUGUCGUCACCCGAGGAAACCCCUUGAUGAUUGUCACUGAGUACAUGAGCCAUGGGGCUCUGGAUGACUUCCUCAGGCAUCACGAGGGGCAGCUGGUGGCUGUGCAGCUGAUGGGGCUGCUGCCAGGGUUGGCAUCGGCUAUGAAGUAUCUCUCAGAGAUGGGCUACGUGCACCGGGGCCUGGCAGCCCGUCGAGUCCUGGUCAGCAGUAGCCUCGUCUGUAAACUCUCUGGCUUUGGGCGGGGUCCCCGGGACCGAGCUGAGGCAGUCUACACUACUAUGAGCGGCCGGAGCCCAGCACUCUGGGCAGCACCCGAGACUCUUCAGUUUGGUCACUUCAGCUCUGCCAGUGACGUGUGGAGCUUUGGCGUUGUCAUGUGGGAGGUGAUGGCCUUUGGGGAGCGGCCCUAUUGGGACAUGUCUGGACAGGAUGUGAUCAAGGCAGUGGAGGAUGGUUUCCGGCUACCACCCCCCAGGAACUGCCCAUCCUCCCUGCAUCGACUGAUGCUUGACUGCUGGCAGAGAGACCCAGGUGAGCGGCCUAGGUUCUCCCAGAUCCACAGCGUCCUGAGCAAGAUGGGGCAGGACCCAGAGCCCUCCAAGUGCGCCACGACCGCCUGUCCCAGGCCUCCCGCACCCCUGGCGGACCGUGCCUUCUCCACCUUCCCCUCCUUUGGCUCUGUGGGUGCCUGGCUGGAGGCUCUGGACCUGUGCCGCUAUAAGGACAGCUUCGUCGCUGCUGGCUAUGGGAGCCUGGAGGCUGUGGCUGAGAUGACCGCCCAGGACCUGGGGAGCCUGGGCAUCUCCUCGGCUGAGCAUCAGGAGGCACUCCUGAGCGGGAUCAGCGCCCUGCGGGCUCACGUGCUGCAGUGGCAGGGCCAGGGUGUGCAGGUGUGAGCCACCAGCCCUGUCAAGGACCCUGCAAACUGCACCCCUGCUAGGUCGAAGGAGAGCUCUCUUCCUCCUUGUGGGCCCCAAGCUGGUUUGGGGGCCACAGUCUUCCCUCAUUUCAUUUUCCCACUCAAUAUCUUGCUGACCUACUGGCCCUGGGGAUGAUCCUGGAGUUUCAGAUCCUGGAGAGGACCCCUGAGAUAACCCAAGGAGGAGGCUCAGGGUCUCAGGCGGAGCUGGGCAGGGAUGGGAGGGAAGGCAGUUUACAGUUGCCCUUGCUCAGGCUUCUCUGGCUUCCACACUCACUGGGGGUUGGCCUACCAGGUGUGUAACCCCCUUUCCCAAUGGUUCCUUGGCCUGUCAGACAGCACAAGCAGUCCUAAGGGAUGCCAGCUGAACCUGGUGGGGCCCACAGCUGCCUGGUCCUGGCAUGUGGGAGGCUGGGCCAGAGGGGCAGGGUCCCUAACUCCUUGUGCCUUGGCUGAGUCUGUCAGGACCCUGGACCAGAGGCCCAGGCAGGCAAGCGGUGCUGAGCUCAGGAACUAGAACCCCAGGCUGGCGCUCUGGAGCUGCUCGCUUCCUGUCUUGGGAUGAGAAGCAGGUUCCUGGUGGGCCACACAGGUCCUGUUCUCUCCUGGGGCCCAAGGCCCCAGUUUGCAUUCCUUUGUUGGACUGACUUGCAAGAACACAAGGUUGUCUCACUUAGCAUCCUAUAGGGUGGUGAGGAGACAGCAGGGUUCUCUCUAACAACCUGGUCCAAUCCCACUGUACAGAUGCAGAAGCCCAAGCCCACAGCCUCAGAGCCGGGGCUGGGGUCAGACUGCUACCCAGGGAAGAGGCUGGCUCUAGAGAGAGCCCUGGGCCUGGCCUGUGGCACCGGCACUCUUUCCUGGAUUUACCCCCUGGUCCAUCAGUGGUGACCGCUGUGGGCGGCUAUGUCCCUGUGUGCGUGUGUGCAGCACAGCCUCCUGGGAACACCUCCCCAGUGUGGCCCUUUCAGAGCUCUGGCAGGAGCGCUCU